AUGUUGUCUCUCAAAUUUUUAGCCGUUGGAUGCUGUGCGCUGCAAGUUGUCCACGCUGUACCUAAGUGGCCCCGCGAAAGUCGCAAUGAAUUCAAUAUCGUGAAAAGAUCUGCGAGCUCGUUCCUCCAGACGGAGGUUCCUAUUGCACUUGCUGAUUUGUUGUGCAACAUCGGAUCGGCGGGUAGCUGUGCUGCAGGAGCCAAAUCAGGCGUCGUUAUAGCGAGUCCAUCGAAAACGAACCCAGACUAUUUUUAUACUUGGACUCGAGACUCGGCACUAGUCUUCAAAUGCAUCGUUGACACUUUCAUCAACUCCUAUUCAUCCUCGCUGCAGACUGAGAUUGAGAAUUACAUCAAUGCGCAAGCAAUAGUGCAAGGCAUAUCCAAUCCCUCGGGCAGUCUGUCCAACAGCGGCACAGGCCUUGGUGAACCAAAGUUUAAUGUUGACGAAACCGCCUUCACUGGAGCUUGGGGACGUCCACAGAGAGACGGACCUGCGCUUCGAGCCAUAGCUUUAAUCACGUACUCAAAGUGGCUGAUCAACAAUGGGUAUCAGUCCACUGCCAAUUCGAUUGUGUGGCCCAUCAUUCAGAAUGACAUUAGCUAUGUGGCACAAUACUGGAACCAGACCGGCUUCGACCUCUGGGAGGAGGUCAACGGCUCCAGCUUCUUCACCAUUGCCAACCAACACCGCGCUCUUGUCGAAGCCAGUGCAUUGGCCACUACUCUGGGCAAGUCCCUUCCGAAUGCCCAAACUCAAGCUGCUCAGGCUCUUUGUUUUCUGCAAAGCUUCUGGAGCCCGUCGCAAGGCUAUAUUAUAGCCAACAUCAACCAAAACAACGGCAGGUCUGGCAAGGAUGCCAACACUCUUUUGGGUUCUAUUCACACCUUUGACCCUGAAGGAAAUUGCGAUGCAAGCACAUUCCAGCCAUGCUCUGAUCGGGCUUUGGCAAAUCACAAGGUUGUUGUAGACUCUUUCCGCAGCAUCUACAGCAUCAACAAUGGCAUUCCCGCGGGCACUGCUGCUGCCGUUGGGCGUUACCCAGAAGACUCUUACCAAGGCGGUAACCCGUGGUAUCUCAACACACUUGCCGCUGCCGAGCUUCUUUACGACGCCCUCUAUCAGUGGAAGCGGAUUGGGGCCAUCACUGUUACCUCGACCUCCCUCGCCUUCUUCAAAGAUUUGGACUCUUCAAUCACCGUGGGAACAUACAGCUCCUCGUCUUCAACUUACACUACUUUGUACAAUGCCGUCUCAAACUAUGCCGACGGAUUCGUGAACAAUGUUGCUACUUACGCACCGUCCAAUGGAUCGCUGGCAGAGCAAUACAACCGGAACAAUGGACAGCCGCUCUCGGCAUACGACUUGACGUGGUCAUACGCAGCACUGCUGACUGCUGCAGCUCGACGAUCUGGCGUCGUCCCUUAUUCUUGGGGAGAAACAUCAGCAUCAAGCGUUCCGUCGGUUUGCUCCUACACAUCAGCCGUGGGCACCUAUUCUUCAGCCUCGACAGGAUCCUGGCCGCCCAACCAGACGCCUACCGGUGGCUCAGGCUCAACUACCACUAGCAAAUCUACUUCAGUUUCCGCGUCAAGUACAUCCAAAUCUGCAAGCUCUACGGCAGUCGCAACGAAUCCCGUUACUGUGACUUUUGACGAGAUUGUCACGACCAAUUUCGGCCAAACUAUCAAGAUUGCUGGAAACGUCCCGGCUCUUGGGAACUGGAACACCGGUAACGCUGUUGCUCUGUCUGCCGACGAGUAUACGUCUUCAAACCAUCUGUGGAAUGUAGGCAUCUCGUUUGCUCCAGGGACGGUGAUUCAGUACAAGUACAUCAAUGUGGCCUCGAACGGCGAUGUGACGUGGGAAGCUGACCCCAAUCACACGUACACUGUGCCGGCAACAGGUGCGACGGCUGUGACGGUGAACAAUUCGUGGCAGUCGUAG